CAAGCAUAAAAAAGUUGCUACCUUCUCUUAUUUUCUUCUAGAGUCAUACCACACACACACACAAAGUCAUGUUCUCCACAAAAACGCUUCUCUUUAUCACUCUCCUGUUCCUUGUCGGAACAUUCACAUUCGCCGCCGUCGACACUUUUGUCUACGGUGGCUGCUCGCAAACAAAAUACUUCCCGGGAUCUCCUUACGAGUCCAACGUCAACUCUCUCCUCACCUCCUUCGUCAACUCAGCUUCUCUCUACACUUACAACAACUUCACCGUCAACGGCGACGGUUCCGUCUACGGCCUGUACCAGUGUCGCGGCGACCUCUCCUUAGGCUCCGGCGACUGCGCUAGGUGCGUCGCUCGAGCCGUCAGCCGUCUCGGGAGUCUCUGCGCCGGAGCGACCGGUGGCGCGUUGCAGCUCGAAGGAUGUUUCGUGAAGUACGACAACUCGACGUUCCUCGGCGUUGAGGAUAAGACGGUGGUGGUUAGACGGUGCGGAACACCGGUUGGGUAUAACUCGGACGAGUUGACUCGGAGGGACUCGGUGGUUGGUUAUUUAUCGGCGAGUAACGGUGGGUCUUAUAGAGUGGGAGUGUCCGGGGAAGUGCAAGGUGUGGCGCAGUGCACCGGAGAUCUCAGUGGGAGUGAGUGUCAAGACUGUUUGAUGGAAGCGAUCGGACGGUUGAAAACUGAUUGUGGAGCAGCCGCUUGGGGUGACGUUUACUUAGCCAAGUGCUACGCGCGGUACACUGGGCGCGGUGGACACUCGCGAGCCAAUGGCUACGGUGGGAAUCGUGACAAUAAUGACGACGAGAUACAGAAGACACUUGCAAUCAUAGUUGGGUUAAUUGCUGGAGUUACGUUACUCGUUGUUUUACUUUCUUUUUUGUCAAAAUCGUGCGAGAGGGUUAAAGGAGGAAAAUAAACUACGUUGUGGGCUUUUGCUUCUCGACUCUUGUAUCAUCAAUUAUAAAAAGAAAAAAUAAUAAUUUAAUGCGUAAAGGAGAAACAAAAGCGAAGAGAUUCUUCAUAUUCUCCACUCAAACGUUUCCUUUUUGACUCACUUCACUUUAAUUCAAGUCUUGAUCAAUUGUAUAUGAAAUUUACGCCGUUUAUAGACUUGUAUCCGUGUCUUCCUAUAAUAACGUUAUAUAAAGUGGCGCAUGC